AGACACCGCAGCAUCCACCUCUUCAUCUCUCCCCGUAACCAUCCAUGUUGUUACAACCUGCUCCAUGCUGCGAAGGAGAUGGAACAAGUGAGAAGCGCGUCAGUCACGUCUUGUGUCAUGGUUUUGGCUCUUGCCUCAACCUCCACAUGCCGCCAAAUCGCGCGUAAUUCUCUUCGUUUUGCUUCCUCCAAGCCGCCUCGAAAAUCACACCCACGUCUCUCUGUCUCCAAACCCGUCAAACCGCCGCCAGAACCCGACAAAUGGAACUAUAAUUCUAGUUCGCUGCUUGUUGGCGAUGCCAAAACCCAAGAAGAGCUCGCAGCAUACGAGCUUGUCGAUGCGAAUGCGCUCGAGGAAUGCACUAAGCAGCCUAAGCAGGUGAAGAUGCUCGUCCGCGACUGGAUUGAAGACUGCUUGUACAACCCCAACUACGGCUACUUCCCCAAGCAAGCCGUGAUUUUCGAUACGCAGGACAUCGUGUUCGACUUCCCCAAACUCCGGAAUUCGGUGGAUUUCCAGGAGGAAAUUGGCAAGCGCUAUGCAGCCUAUGGCUCAGACGAACAUCAAGGGCCAGGCAGGCAGAUUUGGCAUACACCCACAGAGUUGUUUAAGCCGCAUUAUGGCGAGGCCAUUGCUCGCUGUCUGGUUUCCGAGUAUCUCCUCAAAUACUUUCCCUACGAGGAUUUUGUCAUAUACGAGAUCGGCGCUGGGAAUGGCACGUUGGCGAUGAACAUACUCGAUUUCCUCAAGAGAAACUACCCAGAGGUCUACGACCGCACGCGCUACAACAUUAUCGAGAUCUCAGGCAGCCUUGUUGGGUUACAACGCAAGAAGCUCUCUUCCCGCCACCCUUGUGUGAAGGUGGUCCAUAAGAGUAUAUUUCGCUGGGACAAGAGAGAGGACUCGCCGUGUUUCGUUGUGGCCAUGGAAGUCAUCGACAAUUUCGCGCAUGAUAUGGUUCGUUAUGACCUCAAAACUCUCCAACCACUACAAGCAUUAGUAACGGUAGACGAUCGAGGAGACUACGAUAUGAUCUACUCUCCAGUAACCGAUCCGCUUAUUGCCUCUUUCCUCAAACUACGGACACGGUUAGCACACCCCCCAGCGAUUCCUCGUCUCCUUAGGGCUGCUCCUCCCCUGUUGAAAUUCUAUGCAAACCUCCCAUUUGCCCCCAACCUCUCUACCCCUGAAUAUAUUCCGACCCGAUUGUUGAGUCUCCUCCGGACGCUGCGGACCCACUUCCCGCGACAUCGGCUGCUCCUCUCGGAUUUCUUUUCCAUGCCGGAAUCCAUAAAGGGCCAGAACGCCCCUGUCGUCCAAACGCGGUUCCAAAACACGACUGUCCCCGUUACCACGCUGCUUGUCGCCCCUGGCUACUUCGACAUAUUCUUCCCGACGAACUUCGAACAACUACGUGACAUGUAUGAGCACACCCUGGCGGAACCUGCUGACACCCCCUCGCCGUCGACAGCUCUCGGUGCAGAUUUUUUCUCCUCUUACCAUCCGAGCAACCGGCGGCGGCCAAUCGAAGGCGUGACAUCGGCCAGUGGCCUGCCCGUGGGGGAGCGCAAGUCAAGUGUGUUCACGCAUGCGCAGUUCCUCAACACUUACGGCGACAUUGACAAGACGCGGUUGAGGAAUGGGGAGAACCCCAUGGUGGACUUUUACCAGAAUGUCAAGUUUUUAUUCUAA